CCAGGGGCGCCAGCCAUGGGCGCCGCGUCCGCUGAGGGGCCGCUCCGGCUGGCUGCCGCGCCCCCGCUCGCCUUCUGCUGCUACACGUCGGUGCUUCUGCUCUUCGCCUUCUCCCUGCCCGGCAGCCGCGCGUCCAACCAGCCCCCGGGUGGCGGCAGCGGCGGCGGCGGGGACUGUCCCGGUGGCAAAGGCAAGAGCAUCAACUGCUCAGAAUUAAAUGUGAGGGAGUCUGAUGUAAGAGUUUGUGAUGAAUCAUCGUGUAAAUAUGGAGGAGUCUGUAAAGAAGAUGGAGAUGGUUUGAAAUGUGCAUGCCAAUUUCAGUGCCAUACAAAUUAUAUUCCCGUCUGUGGAUCAAAUGGGGACACUUAUCAAAAUGAAUGCUUUCUCAGAAGGGCUGCUUGUAAGCACCAGAAAGAGAUAACAGUAGUAGCAAGAGGACCAUGUUAUUCUGAUAAUGGUUCUGGAUCUGGAGAAGGAGAAGAGGAAGGGUCAGGGGCAGAAGCUCACAGAAAACACUCCAAGUGUGGACCUUGCAAAUAUAAAGCUGAGUGUGAUGAAGAUGCAGAAAAUGUUGGGUGUGUAUGUAAUAUAGAUUGCAGUGGAUACAGUUUUAAUCCUGUGUGUGCCUCUGAUGGGAGUUCAUAUAACAAUCCUUGUUUUGUUCGAGAAGCAUCUUGUAUAAAGCAAGAACAAAUUGAUAUAAGGCACCUUGGCCAUUGCACAGACACAGAUGAUACUAGUUUACUGGGAAAGAAAGAUGAUGGACUACAAUAUCGACCAGAUGUGAAAGAUGCUAGUGAUCAAAGAGAAGAUGUUUAUAUUGGAAACCACAUGCCUUGCCCCGAAAACCUCAAUGGUUACUGCAUCCAUGGGAAAUGUGAAUUCAUCUAUUCUACUCGGAAGGCUUCUUGUAGAUGUGAAUCUGGUUACACUGGACAGCACUGUGAAAAGACAGACUUUAGUAUUCUCUAUGUAGUGCCAAGUAGGCAGAAGCUCACUCAUGUUCUUAUUGCAGCCAUUAUUGGAGCUGUGCAGAUUGCCAUCAUAGUAGCGAUUGUCAUGUGCAUAACAAGAAAAUGUCCCAAAAACAAUAGAGGACGUCGACAGAAGCAAAACCUAGGUCAUUUUACUUCAGAUACUUCAUCCAGAAUGGUUUAAAUUUAUGACUUUUAUAUGUACACUGACCAUGUGAUGUACACUUAUUAUGUCUUUUUUUAAAGAAUGGGAAUAUUUAUUUCAGAGGCCUUAUUUUUGGACAUUUUUAGUGUAGUACUGUUGGCCUGUAUUUAGAAUAUUCAGCUACAACAGUUUUGGACUGUUUAGAAGUCUUUGUUUUAUGUUUUUAAAUGCAGAAAUUGAUUUAACGAAUUUGUACCACAUGGUAAUUCCAAGACUAGUUCUUUACCCAUGGAAUGUAAUAUUUUUGCAAAAAUGGACCCACUUCACAAAUGGUUAUAAGGUCAUACUCACUUCUUCUACAAUAACCACAGCAAAUGACCAAGCAUGAACUAAAAUUAAAGAUGUUUACAGAUUACUUUUCUUACAAAAAAAAAAAUUCUAGAAGACACUGUGUUUAAAUAGAUAUUUAAAUGUUUUUGAGAUUUAGUACCUGAUUUUUUUAGACACUGCCUACCGCAUGAACUGUAAAGCUGUGUGUGUUAGAUGUGAAAUAUUUAUAAGAUGUAUGGACUGGAAUUUGCUUAUUCCUCUCUUUGAAAAGAUAAUUCUCAUAAUUUGAAAAAGUACCUGGUAGUAAUGAUGCGACAGAUCACUGAAAAGUAGAUUUAGGUGUUGUUAAAAUAGGCUUUUAACAAACAGAUUGGAAUAAAGCCUACACUGUCAGUGAAACUACUUUAAUACACAUUCAUUUUUAAACAAAAUAUUUGUUUUAACAUGCAUAAACAAAUUGUACCAGUGUUUGUAAAUACAAAAAUGAUUGUUACUGAUUGGUGCUCUUAAAGUGAGCUUAAAAAUGACCUAAGACCUCUAUCCAAAUUUGUCCUGUAGUCAUAGCUAUAUUAGUAGAUUGUUGGUGUUUAAAGGUCUAAAGUGUGAGUAGACUGUAUUGAGCUGUUUAAUGUGUAGUUUAGAUACUCAAAAAUA